AUGCUGACCGCUACAGGGAGCGGAGCGGCUGCUGGGCCGAGCGAGCCCUCCGACUCCGUCAGCGCAUCUUCCUCGGCACUCGCUUCUGCCUCAAUCACCACCUCAGAACAGCUCGUCAAGGCUCUCCGUGUCCCACAGCCACCAGCAAAUGGCUUCAGCAAGGUCGACAUAGCUCUCGAAGCAUGGCGGUCCGCUGACUUCUUCGUACCUAAGAAAGCAGAGCUGCUAUCACAGUGGGUCCUCGAGUACCUCUGCUCCUCUCUCCGUACAUCGAACUCUACCUCAGCACCACGUACACCGAACAAGGGGCAGAACAAGGCCAAACAGCAGAAGGAGUCAUCGACUAGCACUCCUACCGAACUCGACCUCAAAGCAUGGGAGCUGCUCUCAGCCAUCGUCUCUGCACAGAUCAGCACCGACUCAGAGCUCUCUGAAGCAGCAAAGCAAACCUGGCUCUCGCAUCUGGCCAGCACGCAACCUGUGCUAGCUCUAGCUGGUGCUCUUGCAAAGCAGCUGAAUCAGGAGCAGAACACGUCGCAGGCCGACCGCGAGACGCUUCUUUCGUUGGCUUCAAGCUCGCUCGUCAAGCUCCUGCCUCCAGCAACGUCCAGAACAGCAGCAACCAAUGUCGAAGUUGCCGCCGACGUUAUUCAGUCAUGGCUCGAAUUCUUCGAUCAAUCACACAGCUCAGUUGAGCAGCAGAAGAGUACUGCUAUUCUGCACUCGAUCGUGACCACUUGGACCACCACUUUGCAAUAUGGCUCGAACGCCAAGAGGAAUCAUCAGCACUUUUGCAACAACGCUAUCCCAUCUCUACUACAAGCUCUCCAUACUCUCGAAAGCAACAGCGAGGAUGAUGAAGAUUCAUCGAAGGUCUUGGAGGUAGUGAGGCAAGUGGCGGCAGAAUCGCUUUUCACAGAAGACGUCACACGAUCGAUGCUUCAAGCUGGGCGCAAUGCCAAGGUGACUAUAUCUGCCACUUGGAAAGACACGAAGACGGCCACUAGUGGCGUCGUUCAGCAGCUCGCCUCCCUCUUGCAAGAUCAGAAAGUUGCAGAUGCCGCCCUCAGCUCCCUCUCUACCCUCAGCGAGCUCCUAUUCACGAAGCUCAGUCGCAGCGAGGCUCUCAACUCCACAGCCAGCUCCAGCAGUACUUCCUCGGGAUCCAUGCGCGAGGCGCAGCUCUCCCUAGUCCGCAAGACUAUGCUCUCCGAAUGGCACUUCCCUCUCCUGCCCUUCCUUGCUACCUCUUCUGGCACACAAGCCAGGCAGGCACAACGGGCAGCAGCGCGUACAGGCUUGUUGCGGGGCGUUGAACGAGACAGUCUCUACGUCAUGGGUUGUGACGAACACGAAGAAUGGCGUUCGCUUUUCAGCACCCUUUCGAACAGCAUUCGAGGCGAGCUCCGAAAGAUUGCAACGGAGGCUUCACCAGCAGCACAGAGUGAAGCAGCGGAUCACUUUGCUAGUCUUACUUCGCUCUGGCGAUUGGAGAAGUCGGUGUUGGAAGACGAGCUGGUGCCUAUCUUGGCAAUGGUCGCAGUCCAGAAGGUUUCAAAGCAGGCAUUGUGGGUAUCGGAGGAGCUGCCCAAGGCAACACUUGCAGCGAUGGAGCUGUUCCGUGCAGUCGCAACCAUCGAUGUGCGAUUCAGGAACAUCCCUGCGCUCGUGAACAACGUGUUGAGCAGUGUAGGCGUCGCUGCUGAGCUCGGUUCCGGCGGGUCAGCCUCGUCUUUGUUCACAUCGCAGACGUUCUUAGCUGAGCUUGGAAAGCUCUGUCGCGACAGUGUGACGCCGAUGCAGGUGCCAGACCUCAUCCACAGCCUUUCGACUAUUGCACAGAGUCUCGAAUCCUUUAUGAGGGACGAUAAUGUCAAUGGCAGUGCCACUCCCAAAUCAAAAAGGCAGCGCACCUCGACCACAAGCAGCCCAAGCAAAGCUUCAACACAAGCAUCGACGCACGCACCACGUGUACUCAUCGCACAGCUCCAUAUCGCAGCACAUGUCAUGCAGAGUGUUCAGCUAGCAACCAAUCUCCGACCUCGCUCUAUUGCUGCAGCCGAAGAGCUGCACAACAUCCUCAUCUUGCCAUGUUUUGAUGCAUGCGCGGCGUCCGCAUCUGCAACAACGUACGGUGUGGCAGCAGCGGCUUUGCGCGUCAGGCAAGCUCUGUUGUCGGAGAAAUGGCGGUAUCAUCCUUCUGAGCCGGUGAAGCUGGAUGGUUCGCUGCCUACGGAGACUCUGGCUGGUCUCGAGUCGGCAUUUGACGAGAGAGCUGAUGCUUUCAUCGAGCUGCUAUCAUUGCAGAAGGGAAGCAGUGCGGAGUUGCACGGGUUGCAGUUCCAGAUUUUUCAGAGUCUGAUGCAACGUGCUGAGAGGGACAGCUUUCUUGGGUUUGGAGAGUCGAGGUACUGUCAGCUGGUAUCACAAUCCUCUGGACCGAUCCAUGCUUUGCUUGAGGAGCUGAGCAAAGGCUCGACGAGCGACAGCGAAUGGAUCGGAUGCCCGAACAACAUCAAAGACAGGAUCGAGCUGAUGCAAGUUCUUUGGCUAGCACUUGUCACUCGUUGGGCACCUCUCUUUGAAGCCCUUGCCGCAGACGAGACACUUGCUCUCCUCGCAUCGAUACUUGUCUUCACAGCACAGCCUAGAGAAGGCAGCGCGUUGCACUACAUAUCCUCAACAGCUCUGCGCAAUGCUUCUUUCCUCGAGCUUUCCACUUGGCGCAACCACAUCAUCGCUCACAUCCAGCACGAACUUUCGACCAACAAACAACUCGAUCGACGUCUGGUCGCAAUAGCGCCGCUCUGGAUCACACCCAAUGAUUGGGUCAACAAGUCUGCGCGCGGAUCGUUGAUCGCUAAGCACCUUGCACUCGACAAGGACAUUGUUGGAGCGAAGAAAGGGAGCGAAGUGAAGACGGUUCAGUGGACUGAACUGCGCAAUCUGAUUGCAAGGGUGUUGCCGGAGUACGCGACCGAGUCGGACGUCAAUGACGAGACUCUGCUUGCUUCGCUGAGUGCGUUCUUCGAGUCAAACGCAAAGGAGGGGAGUAGCGAGGAGAAGCAUGCUUGGGAACGAGCUUCGCUUGGUGCUAUUCAGGCUGCGACUCGACUGCUGCUGUCCCGGAGCAAGAAUAGCGCUGUUAUGCAAAAGAAGCUGCUUGAGACGGCUCAAGAGUUCAGGGGCGCAGCAGCGGCAGAGAAGAAAGCGGGCGCUGAAGGGAUCACGUUCAAGAUGCGCGCUGCGCAGGAUGUCAUGACAGUUCUUGGAACUCAAGUCAUAGAUCAAGAGGAUGGUAGGGCGAUUGAAGAGAAUCUCUCAGCGAUCGGAAAGCUCUGUGGUGAGCUUGAUACGCCAAGCGACUCCAUCCAGACCCUUGACAUGGUCUUGUAUCAUGUUCGAGAGCUUCGCCUUCUCGGCCGUGGUAGCGAGCUAUGGGAGGACUGGUCGCCCGUCCAUGGUGUCUUCAUUCAAGGUGCAGAGGCAGAAGUAGAACUGGGUCGGAACCAGCCGUACGUUCGGUCAGCGGCAGGUAUAGCGUUCGAACUUUUGCGAUGCAUCGGUCCUGGUGGUGCAGGAGCUAAGACGGCUUCGGAUGCAUGUCUCGCCUUCUUCAAGACAAUCGAUCGCAUGCCAAGUUUGCAAGAACAGCGUCGACUGGCAGACGAAUUACAGCGUAUCGUAUCCCAUCUGGAGGCAGAGGAGUACGACAAAACUCUCGACAAACAGCUCUCCCAAUUGCGGAACUGUGCCGUUCUUUUCUUCACUGAGCCAAGCCAGGUAGCCUUGACACCUGCAGCAGUCGAUGACAUUCUCGCGUCUCACAUUUACGCUGUCGGUCUCCUGAUCUCGGGGGCGCCGGAAGGAACUUCCAAAAUCGCCCGCAAGCAUCUUUCGAGCUUCUUCGGUGUGAUCAACAACACACAGCUUUUGCCGGCGGGUGGUGCCCUCUUCAAGCUGCGCUCAGUCGUUGCGGCUGUCUCGGUGCUUGGUCAGCUGUGCAGCAACCAUGCGAUGCUUUUCAAGACGCAGGACAUGGGUGCCAUCCUCCAACUCCUCUCGACGAUUACUGGGCCGAGUAUGGCGGAUGAAGUCUCCCCUGUGCUACUCAAACGCUCUCGUGCUGCGAGGGACUUCAUGAAGACCAAAUUGUGGGACGCAAUGCUCUCAGUCCUCAGCUCACUGAUGCGAUUGCGUCAAGACCUAGUCCUCAGCUUCCUUCCUCAACUCGGCUCCCUCCUCUCCCGUCUCACCACACUCUUCCGUCGAAUCCGUUCCACCUCUGGUUCAGCCAAACGACAAGUUCGACGAGACCUCCCCACCUGGUUAGAUCCCAUCCUCGUCACCCCCCUCAACGCAGAACAUGAAGCACGAGCGCUCUCUCGUCUGCUUUCAACACUAGUAGUCAAGAAUGUUUCUCUCAAAAACCGCUCUUCUUCCACUGUGGAGGAUGGCAAAGCAGAGUCUCUGGCAAGACCGUUCUCCAAGCACGCAACCUACAUCUUGGUUGCAUAUUUGCGGAGUUUGACAGCAGCCAACACAAUGGUACCUGCGGAAGUGAGACAGGAGUUGGAAGUGGGGAUGUUGACAGUGUGUGGGAUUGUGGGACAUCAUCAGAGAGAUGCGGCUAUGGUUGGGUUGCUGGAUAGUGCUGGGAAGGUACUGAUGAAGCGGAUUUGGGGCGAGUAUGAGAAGCAGCGAUAUAAGGGUCAGUGA